AGGGUCCGCAGCACCUCCGAACAUGAGUCCCGGGGAGCGGCUCCGCGUCUUGCUCUGGCUGGCGUCUCUGAGCUCGGCGGCUGCAGAUUACCAAGUGAGACGUGUCUACCAGAUUACGCCCACAGAGGGGGGCACAAAUGGAGCAGUUAAAGUCACCAUAUUUGGACGAGGAUUCGCCCAGGCCAACCAGUUUAACUACGGCCCAGGAAACGAGAACCUUGGGAACAGCGUCCUGAUGGUUUCAAACACAAGGACCGUCCCCUGUGAAGUGGAAAAACAAGAGAGUUACUCGACGCAGAUCAUGUGUUACACCAGGAGCAUGCCUGAGGAUAACUACGUAGUAAAAGUCAGCGUGGAUGGCGAGCCGAUUCCAGACAUCAAUACUAUAUGGUUUUAUUCCAGAGGUUUUCGGACUCCAGUGAUUCAGAGCGUCACACCAGUAACCGGAUUGCCAGGUUUGGACUUCAGAGGGCACUUUACCAUUUGUGAUGAGUUUUCUUGGCCUGGGGAAUCCUCUAGAUGA